CGUCUUCGUGCUCCCCUCACAGGUCUACGACAAACCACCUUAUUCGGCCAGACACUGGACGGCGUCUCUCUCUCCCAGACCACCAAGCGGCAUGCCUUCCCCGUCGCGAGAAAAGAUGAACCACCUACGCAUCACCUGUUGGAUAAACAAGCGAUGGAAACCUGGGUGUAUCCCACGAACCUUGGGAGGAUCCGCGACUAUCAAUUCAACAUCGUGCAGAAGGCCCUCUUUCAUAACACCCUCGUUGCGCUGCCCACCGGUCUUGGGAAGACGUUCAUCGCUGCGACCAUCAUGCUGAACUGGCUUCGGUGGACGAAAAACGCGCAGAUCGUCUUCGUUGCUCCCACGAAACCAUUGGUAGCGCAGCAGGUGGAGGCAUGUUUUAGGAUCGCUGGCAUACCGAGGUCGGAGACCACGAUGUUGACGGGAGAGGUUUCUCCCGUAUUGAGGGAAGCCGAAUGGGAAUCGAAACGGGUGUUCUUCAUGACGGCGCAGACUCUGAUGAACGAUUUGCAAAAGGGUACCGCGGACCCGAAGCGGAUCGUACUGCUUGUGGUGGACGAAGCGCAUCGAGCGACUGGAGCGUAUUCGUACGUGGAGGUGGUCAAGUUUAUUGUCCGCUUCAACCAGAGUUUUCGCAUUCUUGCGUUGACGGCUACGCCGGGUGCAACUGUGGAAGCCGUCCAGAACGUCAUUGAUGGGCUCAAGAUCUCGCGAAUUGAAAUCCGAACGGAAGACUCGAUAGACAUCAGGGAAUAUGUCCAUCAACGCCAAAUGGAAAAGUAUCUCUUCGACGAGACCGAAGAGAUGGCAUUGCUCAUUGGGUUAUACAGCAAGGCUCUACGGCCCCUCGCGGAAAUUCUAAAGCAACAAAAUGCCUAUUGGACAACCGAUCCGUCCAAAAUGACGCCCUAUGGGCUGACUCAAGAGAGAUCCAAAUGGAUGGCGACCGCUGGGAAGAAUGCGCCCAAUUGGCAGAAAGGGCUGGUGGGCGCUGUCUCCGCGAUCCUCGGGACCUUUGCCUUCGCGUUUGACAUGCUCUUAUACCACGGCAUCACCCCGUUUUUCCAAAAGCUAGACCAGUUCCGGCAAGAGGUCCAAAAGGACCUGAGGAAGGUGAGUAAAUACAAGAAGCAGGUCUACGACAACGAACACUUCAAUAAGAUGAUGAACUAUCUGGAUACCUGGACCAGGAAUCCGAACUUCAUCGGACAUCCGAAACUGGAGUGCUUGCAGCAGCGCCUCAUGACGCACUUCCUCGACAACGGCGAAGGGAGCGAGCGUACCCAAACCCAUGGCACGAAAGUCAUGAUCUUCGCCAACUGGCGCUCCUCCGCAGAGGACAUCGUGCGCAUCCUCCGCAAAAACUCUCCCAUAAUCCGCCCGCACGUGUUCGUCGGGCAAGCCAAAUCCCACGACUCCGACGGCAUGAGCCAGAAAACCCAGCAAGAAGUGAUCGACAAGUUCAAAAGCGGGGAAUACAACACCCUCGUCGCGACGUCCAUCGGCGAAGAAGGUCUAGACAUCGGCGAAGUCGAUCUCAUCUGCUGCUACGACUCCAAAUCCUCCCCAGUCCGCAUGCUGCAGCGCAUGGGCCGUACGGGGCGUAAACGCGCGGGUCGGAUCAUCCUGCUGAUGAUGAAGGGCAAGGAAGAGGCGCAGGCGGAGAAGGCCAAGGUGAACUAUCAGGACAUGCAGGGAGUGAUCGCGAGCGGGAGCAAGUUCGCGUUCCACGACGAGAUGUCGCGGCGAAUCUUGCCGAAGGAUAUGGUCCCCGUGGUGGAUAAACGGGAGGUGGAGAUCCCCGUGGAGAAUUCGCAGGCUGAUACGCAGUUGCCCAUCCCGUCGACGCAGGGCAGGAAGAGGCAGAAGCGGAAGCCGAAGAAGUUUCAUAUGCCAGAUGGCGUGCAGACGGGAUUCGUCACUGCGAAUAGGCUGGGGGAUGAUGAGGAGGAGCGGGGAGCGCCGGUCCAGGACCCCCCUGCGGAUAUCCCGACGCUGGACGAAGUGCUUCUUACCAGAGCCGACGAGGCGGACUUUGAGCACCGCUAUCUGAACACCGCUGGCGAUGAUAACAAUGUGGUAUCUGCGCCCGCGCUGGAUCGGUUCCCGGAUCAUCAGAUGAAGCCCUCGAGGGGGUUCUUGAUUCCCUCGCGGAAAGAUAAGCGCACCUUAUCUGGAAUGAUGAAGCGGAUGCACCAGAUGGGAUC